AUGGAAGAAAUGGAAAAAGAAGUAGAGCAUUAUCAAAUACCAUGUUCAAAUGAGUUGUCAGUGCGUUGGGCAGAUGCUCAUUCUCAGGAGAAACUGAUACGAAUAGCAGCUGGUGUUCAAGGUUCUGAUGGCAUCGAACAUCACGGACCGGCCCUGGCGUCACCCGCCGAUUGUUUUCAUUGCCGUGCUCCUGUUUCAGGGGUCCCCCUGAAGCCCAGAAAAGAGUUACGGUUUACAGAACUGCAGUCUGGACAGCUGGAGAUUAAGUGGUCCUCGAAAUUCAAUAUUUCCAUCGAGCCCGUGAUCUACGUGGUACAAAGAAGAUGGAAUUAUGGAAUCCAUCCUAGCGAAGACGAUGCCACCCAGUGGCAGACGGUAGCCCAGACCACAGAUGAGCGGGUCCAGCUGACUGACGUACGACCCAGCAGGUGGUACCAAUUCCGAGUGGCGGCUGUCAACGUGCACGGGACCCGAGGCUUCACGGCCCCCAGCAAACACUUCCGCUCCUCCAAAGAUCCAUCUGCACCGCCCGCGCCGGCCAACCUCCGGCUUGCAAAUUCCACCGUAAACAGUGACAACACCGUGACCGUGGCUGUGGUUUGGGAUCUCCCCGAGGAACCCGACAUCCCCGUGCACCACUACAAGGUGUUUUGGAGCUGGACGGUCAGCGGCAAAUCCCUUGUCCCCACAAAAAAGAAGCGGAGAAAGACCACGGAUGGGUCCCAGAAUUCUGUGCUCCUGGACAGACUCCAGCCGGACUACGGCUACACCGUGGAGCUGCAGGCCAUCGCAUACUGGGGGCAGACGCGCCUGAAGGGGGCCAAGGCCUCCCUGCACUUCACGCCCGUGCACGCCACCAGCCGCAAAGAGCAACUUGGGAAAACCAGAAAGAGCACGAUGCACAUGCAGCCCCCUUUCCAACGACGACGGCCUGCGCGCCUCCUGGAAAUCGGAACCCCCUUCUAUCAAGACAACCAACUGCAGGUGAAGGUCUACUGGAAAAAGACCGAAGGUGCGCAAACGCUCUCUGAUGAUUUGUCAUCUGCAUCAAGUAGCCCAGUGACAUCAGGCGGCUAUUGAAAAAGUCAAGGUUGAGCCAUGGUGUUGAUAGUUUUUUUUAAAGAUUUAUUUAUUUUAGAGAGAGAGAGAGAGAGA